UCGACCGUACGAAACACGUAACGGAAAUUGCGUAUACGCCUUGUGGUAUUUGUUGAGCACAUUUUUUGUUGGUUGUGCCGUGUCGUGUAAUUAAUAAUUAAAUAAAUACAAAAUGUAAAAAAUACCUACUACAAACAAAUAGUGCGAAAGUGUUAAAUUUAAACAUGACAAUUUUCUUUGUUUUUUUAUUUUGGAGAUUCUUUUACCAUUUAAUAUUUCUUUUUAAAGAUGUGUCAUUAUAAUUGCAAAAUACAUAUAAAUUCUUAUUUUGUUUAAAGUAAUUGUUGUUUCAUAUUGAACUUGUUGACGACUACAGUGGAAAUUUAAAGUGAAAUAAUUUAAAUACUAAAUCAAAAAAAAAAAAAGGUUUCAUAUUCUCGCUAAUUUUCUUGUUUCAAAUACUUGCUCGUAUGUCAGAGAAAUAAAUUAUAGUACAUGUGAAAAAUAGCAAAAUAUAUUAAAAAAAGUGUUGUUUGUCUGCAAUAUGCAAAUGUUAAUGUUCUACACAAACGUCAACACUAAUAAUGAUGAUAGUGAUGAUGAUGAUCGUCAUCAUUAACCCUGUCGCGUUGGAAUUAAAUUGAAAUUAAAUAGUGGAAAAAAUUAAUCAAAAUUAUACCCGGUAGUACCAAUAAAAGUUUAACAAUAAUAAUUGUCCCAAGUGAUGCAUAAAUGAGUAAUAAAGUAAUAACAGCUAUAAUUUGUGAUGAAAAAAAAAAAUCAUUAGAAAAAAGUUCUUACUACUUAAUAGUAAUUUAAAUGUGUGUGCCACGAAUUUUAAGUAAAAAAGUAAUUUUAUGAAAUACUUGUAUAAAUAUUGCAUAACGAUUAAAUUCAACUACAAAUAUUUAUAGUGCAAACAAAUCAAAUCAGAUGGAGUUAAACAAAUUCCCAUUUUGAAUGCCUAUGUAAUAGAAAAGAGAAUCUGAACAAAGGAAAAGAUAUCGUCAAAUAACCAUGAUAAGUUUUCUUUAAGCUUAUUAACUGCUCAUUACUUUUAAUCAAAAUCCUGCGGUAACUAAAGCGACCAACUUUUUAGUUAGUUGGAAUAAAGACCACUUUUUCUUGUUAAUAUAACAAUGAAUAAUGAUGAAGAGGAACGUGUUUGUUUGCGUAGUCUGGAGGAACGCAUUAUGGAUGAUGAUGACAAGAAAUUGGUUUCCGGCGAAAUACACAGACGUAGUCUAAGUCAAUCUCCGCUUGAGCAGGCAGCUAAAGUGAUUGUCAAGAAAUUUGAUGCCAGUAUAAAAAGUUCCAGUUUUGGAGCCACGGUCGACGAUGGUGGAGGUGGCGUCUGCUGUGCAGAUAACAUAGUAACAUAUACUACGUUGAGUAACGGAAGUGAGAAUCUGCCUGCAGCACAUCAACACAAAGUAAUGCCUCAACAACAAUACAGCAACGGAAGCGGAGAUAAAAUCUGUUGUGGUGAUAUGAGCAGAAACAAAACGACUCACAUAACAGACAAUUCAGAUGACGAAGAAGGCCUUACUAAUCCCGGAAUUCAAUCCAAUAUUGAUGACAACGACAUAGACGCAAUACACACAAGGGAUAACAAUGAAAUGGCUAAUGACUGCACAAACACUGAUGGAGAUGGCGAUAGGAUAAAUGAUGAAAUUGAGAAUGUCGAGGACAUGUCAAAAAUACCACGUCUACCCGGCGAUGGUGCACAAAUGGAUGAUGAGAUGCCAUCUUCAGUUCGAGGUUCAACAUCCACGUUGGCUGCAAGUUUUCGGAAGCCUCGCAUUAAGCCGAACAUUCCAUUGCGAGUACAGUCGGUCCGUAUAAUGGAGAGAAAAAUUCGUUACGGACCAAAGAGAAGAACAGAAAGCUGUAGUGUAUUCGGCAGUACAAGUCUUGAUUUUGAUGCAGAGGAAGAUGGUCACAAACUUCCAUCACCACGGCCAUUAAGCAACGAUACCUAUGCAGCAUUUAAGAGUGGAAAUGUUAUUAAAGGCAUUUUGUGCCCAUCUUUGACAAACUCCUUUAAGCAAAGUUCAUUAGAACGUGCCUAUCUGACCUACACGCAUCGACAACGGCAAAAAUCGCUAAUUAUUGUAAAUAUUGUGGACUUUAUACUGAAGGUGGCACUAGCCAUGAUCUGGUUUCUAAAGGAGACUGUAACUAAAGUUGAUGUGGAAGUUAAUAUUGCAACCGCCAUAACUUGGUCAGUUUGCUGUGCCCUUUCCAAUAUGGCCAUAUGCUUUCUGGGCUAUUGGCGAUGUUUUGCCAACAACUACUUACAUUGGGCAGCCGUAUGUACAUGGAUACUUUUUAAUAUACAAGGAUUUGUUGGAGAAGGUGUGGGGUUUGCUGAUCGAGAAUACUUAAUAUGGUACAUAUUAUUUGUCAUAUUUGUACCGUAUGCUAUGUUACCGUUGCCAUUGAAAUGGUGCGUAGUAGGUGGUACAAUCACAGCUAGUUGUCAUCUAACUGUAAUAACCAUAAUUAAAUUGCAACAAGAGGAAAAAUCAAAUUGUGUGGCAUUUCAAAUAUUUGCUAAUUUCAUUCUUUAUACUGCCAUUAAUGUUGCCGGCAUGUACACGAAGUAUUUAACCGAUAGAGGUCAACGACUCGCAUUCAUAGAAACCCAUAAGGCGAUGGAACAUAAAAAGGAAUCGGAAAAGGAAUUACAAAAAACACAAAAACUUUUAGAUUCAAUUUUACCCAACAUUGUUAAUAAUCAAAUUCGCAGCGAGAUGUACAAAGGUACGGAUCCGAAUGUUGAAACGCAAUUUAAUAAAUUGUAUGUUUAUCCCAUGGAUAAUGUGAGCAUAUUAUUUGCGGACAUAAAAGGUUUUACCGAACUCGCCAGUAAAACAUCUGCUCAACAACUUGUGAAAAUACUUAACGACCUUUUUGCACGUUUCGAUAGAAUAGCAGAGGAUAAUCAUUGUUUACGUGUCAAACUACUUGGUGAUUGCUACUAUUGUGUCUCACAAUUCGAAAGUGAUAACUGGAAAACACGUCCCGAUCAUGCAGUAUGUAGUGUUGAAACUGGCCUCCAUAUGAUAAAGGCCAUCAAGGAUGUUCAAUUGCAUACACAUGUCGAUCUCAAUAUGCGCAUUGGCAUUCACAGUGGCUCCGUUAUGUGCGGUGUUUUGGGAAAUAAAAAAUGGCAUUUUGAUGUUUGGUCAAAUGAUGUUAUAAUUGCAAAUCACAUGGAAUCUGGAGGAAUUCCCGGACGCGUUCACAUAUCGGAAGCAACACUCAAGUGUUUAAAUGAUGCCUAUGAAGUUGAGCCGGGCAAUGGCGGCAGUCGUGACAAUCAUCUGAAAAUGUUAAAUAUUAAAACAUUUUUAAUCAAACGCACAGAACCAUUAAGACCGAAAAGACGCUUUGGCACACGCAGCACCCAACAUCUUGCCAACAAUAAUGGCAGUAAUACAAGUAUUCCAACUGCGAGCACAUCGCCGACAAUUACCGGUAAAACGUUUGUACCUAAAUCCGUUUCCACAACGGGUGUUCAUAACGAACAACAGCAACAACAAACAACGCCCACACCAUCACAACCACAACCACCACCGCCAUUAGCAGCAACAACAGCAACAAAUCCCACAUCACAUGUACCACUUGCAGCGCUACAGAAGAAAAACAUUUCGUUAAGUUCAUUGCCCAAUGUAGUGGAAGGUGUCGCUAUGGGCCCAGCUGGCCUUUCAACCGUUUCCUCACCAACGGCACCCACUGCAGUAAAGGCGAAUGGCGGAAGUGUUCACAGUAUACUGGAUGCAAUUGAUCCAAAAUCAUUAAUUACAGAAGACGAACCGACCACAGAGUGGACACCAGAAAUACCAUUUAAAAAUUUAAAUUCUCCCGAUGAAGGCAUUAUACGUUCCGAUUCAGUUUUAGGAGAUCCAAGACAAUCACAACGUGUUUCAGUUACUCCACUGGAUGAGGAAAUAGAUGAAUUCAUUGAGCAGAAUAUACAAAUUAAUUCGAAUAAGAAAAUUCGACGAGAGUACCUUAGUCCAUGGACAUUAAAGUUUAAAGAUAGAGAUCAAGAGUUGAAAUUCUGUCAAUUGCGCGAAGACAUGUUUCGCUCCAACAUGUUGUGCGUAUUUGUAAUAUGGAUUUUCAUAGUAUUGUGCCAAAUUAUUAUUAUACCCCGAUGUACAAAUCUCUUAAUAUGCUUAGCAAUAGGAACUAUUAUUUUAAUAUUUAGCUGCAUAAUAGUCAUGGCUGAAGAAUUUUCAGGUCUACCGGAUGUUCUUAAACGAAAUUCAGCAAAAUUAGUACAUCAACGACAACGUCGUACCUAUUUCAUAUGUGCCAUUAUCAUUCUUAUGACAGUCUUAAGUUCAGUUGGUCUUAUUCUAUGCCCAUCCUCGACAUACUUCGAUGGUAGUGGCAACAAUAAUAACAACGAAAGCGAGAAACGUUCUACACCAUCGGCCGAUACUUAUAAAGCAAUAUCCAAUCCAGUUAACGGCAGCAGCAGCAGCAGAGUGGCUAUUAUCAAUAACGGUGAAAAGGAAAUAAAAUUGAAUGUUGUUCUCUCAGCCACCAUACAUCACAAUAUUACAAUAAAUGGAGCUGGCAGUAUUGUUGAUGCCAAUUCCUUGUUGGUGGACAAUUUAGCAAAUGCUACAACAAAUGAAUUGAUACGCCGCAGUAUAGUGGAUGCCUUAAAUCUUACACAGACCACAAACAACAUUCUCAAUAAUACGAUCGAACCAUUUGAGAAGUCUCAACGUUCUCGGGUACUUGGCAAUCAACACAAUGAGGAUACCAACAAUAGCCAUAUUCAGAACAAUUUCAUGAUUCCAACGGAUGACAACUAUACGCUAUUUUACACAGAUUUAUUUUUACGUAAUGAAUCCUAUUCACCAGACUGUGCCCAUCCCGAGUACAUCGUAUUUACUUGGAUCUUGUGUUUAGUGUCGUUGGCAACAGCACUUAAGCUGUACUAUUUGGUCAAAGUGAUAAUGGCCAUUUGCAUGGUUGCAUUUUAUACUACUCUGAUUCAAUUGGUAUUUCCACUUAUAUAUCCCAAAGAUUUAAUUGAUCUCGAACAAUCACGUCUCGGCAUGCCAUUGGGCGUUCAAAUGUUAAUACUUUUGGUAUCAUUUUUGGUGAUGGUUUGCUAUCAUGCCCGUUUAGUUGAAGUCACAUCACGUUUAGAUUUUAUUUGGAAGGAACAAGCAGAACGGGAAUUAAUAAACAUGAAAUCUAAUCGAGCAUUAAACGAUACAUUAAUUAAGAAUAUUCUACCCGACCAUGUUGCCGCUUACUAUUUAUCCGAUGAACAUACAGACGAACUGUAUUCGAAUAUGCACAAUUUAUGCGGCGUCAUGUUUGCUUCUAUACCAAAUUUUCAAGAUUUUUACUCCGAGGACAUUGACAAUGGCAAAGCCUGUAUACGAAUAUUAAAUGAAAUUAUUUGCGACUUUGAUGAACUAUUGGAAGAGUCACGUUUUGCCUCCAUUGAGAAGAUAAAAACAGUUGGUGCCACUUACAUGGCAGCAGCAGGCUUGAAUUGCGAUUCGUUGAGAAUGCGUGGUGAGACUUCUGAGGACAGUGUUUGCAGUUUAGUGGAGUUUGCUUUUGCUAUGAAACAAAAAUUGGAGGAUAUCAAUAAAGAGGCUUUUAAUAAUUUUCAAUUGCGAGUGGGCAUAUGUAGUGGUUCCUUGGUAAGUGGUGUUAUUGGAGCCCGCAAACCAGUAUACGAUAUUUGGGGGAAUACAGUAAAUGUGGCAUCACGUAUGGAUUCAACUGGCGAAAAUUGGCGUAUACAGGUGCCAGCUAGUACCGCAGAUUUACUAAAGGCCAAAGGUUAUACAUGUGUGAAACGUGGUGAUAUCAAUGUUAAAGGCAAGGGGAUUAUGACUACUUAUUUUGUUCUUCCACGUGGAGUAACCGAGAGUCAAUUAUCUUCACCUGUGCACAUGCCAGCUGGUAUACCCAUGACACAAACACCCAAUCUACAGCGGCAAACUUCACAUCACGGUUCAUUUAGUGCAGUUGUCUUUGGAAUGCUUCAAGCUUCCAAGCGAAGUACAAAUAUGGCAGGAACUCCUACUGGUACACCUUCACCACAAAUAAGAAGAGGUCAUAGAGGCAGUACAUUUAGUUCAGUCCGUCUGUCACAAAAGGCUACCAUCAACAAUCCUGUACGGCGAAAUACUACUAGAGUUCGUGGACGUUCUUAUCGCCAGAAAAAGAGCUCUUCCAACAACUCAAUCGUUACACAAACAAGUGGUUCCUAUUUACCAUCAUUCCGUCGCAUCGAUCAAAUCGAAACAACAAUAUCAAAAAGUCAAAAUGAUGCAUUAUAGCGUUUACGUUACUGGGUCUAAAAUCCUAAACGCCAGGAAAGCAGAUAGAUGCACAGGAAUUUAAUUUAAUACGUCUUUUAUAUAGAUUUAUGUAAAAAGUACUUAGUACAAGUUAAUUAUUUACGGAAACAGAUACGUAAUGUCAAUUUAAAAAAUAAUGACGAAUUGUAAUGUAAAAAUUUUAUUCAAAAUACAAACAUACAUACAAAGUAAUUAAUUAAGUACAUCACAACUAUUUUCAUAAUUAUUU